AUGGGAGAUGCACCGGCUUCCGACACGGAAUCUAAUAAACUUAGCCCUGAAAAUGAGGUCACACCAGAACAGGACCGGCGUCCUUUCGGCGGUUUGGAAUUCCAAGUUUCUGAAGUAGUAGGUCGCCUAGAAGCUGGGGUUAACGCUCAAGAUGUACAAGAGGAGGAAAAAAGGCGGGAACCCCGCAGAAUCAGCCCUGGCUUCUUUGAACCGGAAGAAUCGUCGAUGGACGACAUUUUAAAAGUUUUAGAGGACCUAGUGUUAAAAACAGACCCUAGCUGUGAGAGUGUUGAACCACCGUUAUUGCCGACAGACGCUGUCACGCGAGCAGCUAUAUUAUCACACAGUAUAUCUGCACUUUUCGGGAGGUUGGAAAGGAGUCAUGCAGCAAGACUCGGUGCUCAUAUAGCUAGUGAGACAACGCGUUGGAUGGCGCAUAUGUUCAGAUUAUCAGACUACAAUGCAUAUUAUCACCAGGAGCAGUUGGAAGGUCUUACGAGAGUCACACGUAUGCUUCUACAUCACAGAUAUCCCCGGUACUUGGAAGAUGGAGCUUUAGCGUUUUCAAACAGGCUACCAUGCAUAUAUAGCUGUGUAGCAAGCCCACUGGGCGUGGUGCAGCAUCUGUGCAGACAGCUGGGCUUGCCACUUGCCUGCGUCAAACCUGUGCCUGUACACCCAUCGGGUCGAGGCAUGGAUCUAGAAGCUUUAGAAAAACUAUGCGACGAAGAUAUAAACGCGAAUCGUACCCCUCUACUUGUACUAGGAGAAGUAGGAGCGCCCCCUUUAGGCUGGGGAACUCCUUUAUCGACUCUAGGCGAAAUUUGCAAGAAGAGAAACAUACAUCUUCAUGUGAGGGGGCACGCUUUAGCUUUGCCGGGAGCUACUGGAAAAGAUGAGUCAUACAGUAUACCAGAUUCAGUGACAUUAACACCUGGACCGUGGUUCGGAGUGCCAGGACUGCCUACUGUCACAUUUUACAAAAUACCAGAACCGAUAACAGCUAAUGAUCAUACCAAAGGAGUAAAUGCGAGAAAUACCAAGCUUGAUAGCGGCGAAUUUAAUGUGAGUAAUGUGUUAGGCCAUUUACAAUUCAUUUACUCAGUCAAUAGGGUGGGGAGCCGCGAGGGCGCGCUGGCGGCGCUGGCGGGGCUGUCGGGCGGCGGCGCGCGCCUGCCCGCGCUGCCGCUGUGGACGUGCGUGCGCGCGGGCGGCGCGCGCCACCUGCAGCUGCGCCUCGCGCGCGCCUUCCGCGCCGCGCGCGCCGUGCACGCCGUCGUGGCCAGCGCCGGCCUCACGCUGCUGAGUGAACGGCCGGGAGGCGAUGAACCACCGAAUAUCGAUGUCGUGGAAUCAGUUUCACACGCAUCAGCCUGCGUGGCAUUUCAGUUUUCGCCAACCGGCAGCGAGAAACCACCACCUUACUACGACAAACUAAACUCAUGGCUGGGACAGGUGCUGCAGAGAGAAGCUGAGAUGAUAAGCAUAGAAGUGUGCGAGACGGAGGCGCAUGGGGUGGUCCUACGGUACUGCCCGCUGGAGGGCGCGAGCGGGGUGGGGGCCGAGAGCUGGCAGGGCGAGGGGGUGGAGGCGGGCGUGGCGGCGUGGGGCGCGGCGCUGGACGCGCAGCUGCACGUGCUGCACGCCACGGUGGCGCUGCGCCAGACCUUCCAGGCGCGCGUGCUGCACCACGCCUGCCUCAAGCUGCUGCACGUGCCCGGCUGGGCGGGUUUGGGCGGGGUCCGAUACGUGCCCUCUGGCUGGGAAGAUGCUUCACCAGAUGAAAUAAACUCUUUGAACAGACAGUUGGUGGAAACCUUGAGAGCCACUGACGGGGCGUUCUCGUGUGGAGAUGGCGACGAUGGACUUGCUUGUGUCAGGUUCGGUAUGGUGACUGAAGACACGGAUGUAGACGAAUUACUAGACUUAGUAAUAUCUGCUGGAAAAGAGGUCGAAGAAAGUUCCAGAGCGCUCACCAACAUGACUGAAGUAUUAAAGAAAGGUAUCGAGGCGGCCCAGGCGGACAUCGAGCGCGAGAACGCGGAGCGGCUGUGGCAGGAGGGGCUGCUGCGGCGCGUGCCGGUGGUGGGGCGCGUCGUGGACUGGUGGGCGCCCGCCGCCGUGCAGCCGCCCACCGGCCGCCGCCUGCACCUCGCGCACGGCACGCUACAGACCACCGACGACGUGUACAGGUCCCUUCAAAAGAAGGACUCGGAACCUGCACGCGCACACUCCCCAACGCGACAAGUUCAAAAUGCACAAUAA